CGUGAGCCUCUGCGGGGCUUCCGCCGCAGCCCUGCUGGGGGGCGAGCGCCUGACCCUGCGCGUGCUGUCCUGAGCUUGUGACUACUGAUAACGCCCGUGGCCUGUGGCUCUUUGCAAGAGCAGCACGCGCUGUCUCGUGUAGCUCCUUCCGAGGGCUCGAGGCGAGAACGCGCGGUCGCCUGGGUCAUAGCAGACCGCGUGCCCGAAGCCGCGGGAGAAAGACUGGAACCUCCAGGAAAAAACUGUAUCCAACAAUUCAAAAAUGGCAGAAGUGAAGUCAAUGUUCCGCGAAGUUCUUCCAAAACAAGGGCAGUUGUCUGUGGAAGAUGUAACCACAAUGGUGCUGUGUAAACCAAAACUUUUGCCCUUAAAAUCUCUGACUCUGGAAAAACUGGAGAAAAUGCAGCAAGCAGCACAGGAUACAGUUCGCCAACAAGAAAUGGCAGAGAAACAACGGCAAAUAACACACUAAUAACCUACCACUUUAGGGAACUAGGAACCACCCUAGCUUACCUACUAUUUAAUAGUAACUAGAAAAUAAUCUGGAUCUGUAAACUGAAAAGUAUUUGUUAAUAAAACUGAUAUUCAUAGAAAUACCUGUAUUGGUAUUGGUAUUUCUAAAUAAAGACCUAUAUUGGUGAAUUUAAACACUGGUUUGUAUUGAAGUUAAUGCUGAAGCAAAUUUUAUAGUGUUGUUUUUUUUUUUUUACUUAAACCAUGUUUUUAAAAUUGCAAAUCAUAAUUCACCAUUGCUGUUGGCCAUCAGUUUUAUAAGGCAGCAUUCUUAGCACAAGUGAUUAAAUGAAACCUUCUUUAUACAGAGGAUCAUAUCAGGCUUUCACAUUACCCACAUUACAGUAAAUUUUACUUGAGAGUAAUUUGAGGUUUUUUAACCAAUUUUGUGUCUCUAUCAUGUUUAUACCAUUUUGCUGACCAGUAAUGGACAGUAAUGACUAAUGAUGAUAAAACUAUUUCUUAAACAAAUUUGACUUUUAAGAAGCCCUUACCUAUUCUGUAAUCAACUUAAGCUCUUAAUUGUACUAAUUUUAAGGACUUAAGAAUUACAUGACUACUUUUAUGUCUCAGGUAUCAAACACAAUUAAAAAUAUGAAUUUGGUUAUCGUAAUUAUCUAUACAAGCCUAAAAUAAUGUGGUUUUUGAAAGCCCAUGAUAGAAACAUGAACAUUAAAUUUGGAAUUUUAAUUCUAGUAAGACUGUACUAGAAUAGGAAUAGGUAUAUUCCUAAGAAUACCUCUGUAAACUAUUAAUGUAAUUCUUGGUUGGUUUGUUGGAGUUGAUAGGCAGUUAAAAUUAGCACAUACCUUUAGAUCUUGCCAAAUACUUACGCUUUGCAGAAGAAGUCAGAAAUGUGUUAAUUCUUUAGAACUAAAGUAUUACUGAUGGUAGGUAGUACUUUCUCAAGACACUGAAUAACGUAAGCUCUGAAUCUCUGAGCACUAAUCAUUCUGGUCAUAUAAUUUAAGAAUGAUCAAAGAAAGCUAGUAUGUAUCUUACAGGAACUUUUCAUUAAGUUUUAGAUCAGAUCAGUAAACAAGAGAGUUAAGCAUGUAUGUAUUUUCCUCAGUGUAGUCUUAAAAGAUUUACUAUUGUACUUUCAAUUUAAAAGUUUGCAAAGCGUUAUUUUUUAUAAAAGUUUGCCAGGAGCACAGCUUAAAUUCACCAAAUUCAAACGUGCUUC